CAGCAACAGAGAGUGGAUUGACUACGUUUGCGUUACGUAUGUGUACCUGUUGUGUAUUACAGUAUUACAGCUGUGUAUGAAAGCAUUACAUCUGUAACGCCUAUCGCGAUAUGACAUAACACUGUUACAAUAUGUUAAAGCUACAAUUUUCUAAACAAAAUGUUGAAGUGUUAUGUUUUAUUAGAUGUGUAUGAAAUGUAUAAUUGGUAGCUAAUGACUUAAAGAGAAAGUGUUAUGGCUGACGAAAUUGAUACAGACCUAAGCAACGGUAGGCGGUCUCUGGAUGCCAGCAAUCAUUGUAAAGAUUAUUGGCGACUAGGAAAGUUCUAUCUUGGGUUCUUCUUAACCAUGUUGCUAUCAGCUCUACUUGUUGUAAUUGUUUGUGCAGUAUGUGUGACAACGAAUGAUAAAGUGAGUAAAACGCCAUAUUGUCCUGAGGGAACCUUUCCAUGUAAACAGGGUGGAUGUAUCAACAGAACAUUAAUGUGUGAUAAGAUACCACAUUGUUUAGAUCACUCUGAUGAAGGCAAUUGGUGUGAUCCUCGUCAGGAUAAAUAUUGGGAUGAGGUUAUCCAGAAGAGACCUGAUGCCGAUAGAGAGACAGAAUCCCAGGAAUGUGUUUUACCAUCAGUACCAGCUGAAUGUGAAUGUAGAUUAGAGACGAGGUUGUACUGUGAUGACGCUGGUUUAACUAAAGUACCACCAGAUAUACCACACCAAGUAACAGUAUUAGAUCUAUCGGGCAAUAGCCUGGAGUCUGUAACUCAAUCUGAUUUUAAAAAUCUAACUAAUCUGAGAGAGUUGUUAAUCAUGCAUUCAAAAUUAAAGUAUAUUGAAAAGGGAACGUUUCAACAUAACUGGCGAUUACGAAAUGUGUAUCUCACAAGUAGUGAACUUGAAAGUUUUCCUGGAAACGUUUUUGCCCCAAACAACAGAAUAAAGGAAUUGAAAAUCAAUCAUAACAAGAUAUCCGCGUUAAAAGAAACAGAUUUAAUGCAUUUACAACAUCUAGAAAGCCUAUCAUUAGAUGGUAACAAUAUUCCAGAAAUCCAACCCCGGGUAUUUAAAUGGACACCAACUCUACGAGAGCUAUAUUUGUCAAAAAAUAGAAUUGUGUCUGUGAGAAAUUACUUCUUUUCCAGUAUGCCCAGUCUACGUAAAUUAUAUUUAGAGGAAAAUGAUAUAGACUAUAUCGAGCCGGGUUCUUUUUUAAAUCUGACCAAUUUAGCAACACUGAGUUUGUCUCAAAAUAAGCUACAGUAUCUUACAGAUGGUAUAUUUGAUGGUUUGAAUAAUUUGACAACUCUAGUGUUGACUAAGAAUAGUAUAUGGAAUAUAGAUCAAUCUACGUUUCUACCUCUUAACAAUAUAAAGUCAUUAGACUUAAAACAAAAUCCAUUCGUGAAGAUAUCACCAAAAACGUUUUCUUCUUUGAAUAGUUUACAGAAUAUUCAUUUUGAUAAAUUUUACUUCUGUGCCUAUGUACAUAACGUAAUUAAAUGUGAGCCUAGCGGUGAUGGAAUAUCUAGCCAGGAGAACUUGUUAGAGAAUUUGGUGCUGAGAGUCAGUGUGUGGAUUGUAGCUGUUCUUGCUUGUGCUGGCAAUAUCAUCGUGUUACUUGGGCGAUUCUUACUGAAGGAAGAUAACCAGAUUCAUUCCUUCUUUAUCAAAAACCUCUCCCUGGCUGACAUGUUGAUGGGAAUAUAUUUGCUUAUGAUUGGAUCCAAGGACAAAAUGUACCGAGGAGAUUAUCUGUUUCACGAUGAGCACUGGAGAAAUAGUUGGGAAUGCGAUCUCUCCGGAGUCAUGAGUACCGUCAGCAGCGAGGUGUCUGUUUUAACUCUAACAGUGAUAACAUUGGACAGAUAUAUAAGCAUUAUGUAUCCUUUAUCUUUAAGGAAACGAGGAUUAAAAGUGGCUUACUGUGUGAUGGGAUUUAUAUGGUUAAUGUGUAUAUCGUUCGCCAUUAUGCCAGUGGUGGGAUUAAAAUAUUUUGGAACCUCUUUUUACCGAAACAACGGUGUGUGUAUACCUUUACAUUUACAUGACCCGCGGACAAAUGGCUGGGAAUAUUCUUCCUUUUUAUUUAUUGGAAUGAACUUGGCGUCUUUUGUGUUUAUCUCCUAUGCCUACUUCGCUAUGUUUGUGUCUAUAAAACAUACAGAGAUACCAUUACGAACUACAAGAGAAAGUCGUGAACGAUGUUUGGUGAAACGAUUUUCAUUUAUAGUUAUAACAGAUUUUAUAUGCUGGAUACCCAUUAUUAUCAUCAAAGUUGUUGCUCUUUCAGGUGUUAAUAUAUCAGGAGAUUUAUAUGCCUGGGUAGUAGUAUUUAUAUUACCAGUAAAUAGUGCCCUUAAUCCUUUAUUAUAUACUUUAACGACUAAACUAUUUAAACAAAAACUUAUAUCAAAGUUUACUACAGUGGUAUGGCGUCCAGCAACUAUACGUGAAACAUCACAUUCUUGUGCCAGUUUGAAAGGAAGGAAUUCUUUAGCUAGAAAUCCUAUGCAAGAAAUUGAGUUAGAGAAGUUAACAAGAAAGGAUAUAAGUAGCAUUACAUCCACCAAAUCCUCCAGGUUGAAUUCUUCAUACAAGGCUGUUAAUGGUGUUGUUAAAUCUAAAUUAAUGGGUAGAAAUCGAAUGUGUUCUGCACAGAUUAAUACGUAAUGAUGUAUAUGUACCUUUGACAAUAUAAAAGCUUAACUGUGAUAAUAUGGAUAAUCUACAUCAAUCAAUUACAUGAUAGUAAUCUAUAUCAAUCAGUUACAUAAUAGUUAUCUACAUCACUCAAUUACAUGCUGGUAUUUUUGCGCCAUUAAUUAUUGCGUAUUGACCAUACUGGGUGAAUAUGUGACAUGAAAUAAAUGCGAGUCAUAAUAAGUCUAUAUUAAUAACAUCAAUUUCAUUGGUCAUUCGCAAUAUUGUCAGUAAUAUCACGCGCGCAAUAAUUUCAUGUUUUACAGUAUGUAUUGUCAUAUUAUUGUAUAAUUUUGUAUCGUAUUUUAAAUAAUUUCAUUUUAAUAGAUUGUGAAUAAAU